CGAGGAGGAAGAUGGCGGCGCCUGGCCUGGCCUGAGGCCUGGUCUGUCCUUGUGAGGCCGGAGGGCGGCGGAUGGAAGAGAACGGAGAGAGAGAGAGAGAGAGAGAGAGAGAGAGGACAUGAGAGUUCUCUGGAGCCACCCCUGCCGUGAUGGGAAACGAACCAGCUUCUAGUCGAUAUUAAGGCAUUUGGAAACCAAAGUGCAGUAAGGAAACCAGUCCUCUAGGAAAAAGGAUUCCUCUCAAGGGGCUGAUCCUGCAGAAUUCCUACAUUCACUUUGGAUUAUAGAGUAGAACCAUAGAGUCGGAAGAGACUGCAUGAGGCACCCAGUCCAGGCCUCUGCCGGGCAGGAAAAGUGCAAAGUACCCCUGACAGAUGAGCAUCUAGCCUCUGUUUAAAGGAUUCCAAAGGAGCCUCCACUGCAUUUUGAGGCAGAGAGUUCCACCGCUGAACAGCUCUUUUUCAGUCAGGAAGUUCUUCUUAAUGUUCAGAUGGAAUCUACUUUCCUGUAAUUUGAACCCACUGCUGUGAGUAAUCAGAAAGGGAAAAAACAAGAAUCAAGCAUCAAUAUUGGAUUUAAAUGUACAUAACACUGCUGACAUGGAGAAGAAAUCAUAUAAAUGUAUUGAAUGUGGAAAGAGCUUUAGUUAUAGUACAACUCUACAAACACAUCAAAGGACUCACACUGGGGAGAAACCCUAUAAAUGCCUGGAGUGUGGACAGAGCUUUACUCGGAAGGGAAGCUUACAAACACAUCAAAGAACUCACACUGGGGAGAAACCCUUUACAUGCCUGGAGUGUGGACAGAGCUUUACUCGGAAGGGAAGCUUACAAACACAUCAAAGGACUCACACUGGGGAGAAACCCUAUAAGUGCUGGGAGUGUGGCCAGAGCUUCAUUCAUAGUACAAGUCUCCGUGUACAUCAAAGGACUCACACUGGGGAGAAACCCUAUAACUGCCUGGAGUGUGAACAGAGCUUCACUGAUCGUUCAGGCUUACGUAGACAUCAAAGGAUUCACACUGGGGAGAAACCCUAUACAUGCCUGGAGUGUGGACAGAGUUUUACUCGGAAGGGAAGCUUACAAACACAUCAAAGAACUCACACUGGUGAGAAACCCUAUAAAUGCCUAGAGUGUGAACAGAGCUUCACUUGUAGUUCAGGUCUAUGUAUACAUCAAAGGACUCACACUGGGGAGAAACCCUAUAAAUGCCUAGAGUGUGAACAGAGCUUCACUUGUAGUUCAGGUCUACGUAUACAUCAAAGGACUCACACUGGGGAGAAACCCUUUAAAUGCCUGGAGUGUGAACAGAGCUUCACCCGGAGUUCAGAUCUACAUUCACAUCAAAGGACUCACACUGGGGAGAAACACUUUAAAUGCCUGGAGUGUGGACAGAGCUUCUCUCAGAGUUCAGGCCUACGUUCACAUCAAAGGACUCACACUGGGGAGAAACCCUAUACAUGCCUGGAGUGUGGACAGAGCUUUACUCAUAGUUCAGGCCUACGUAGACAUCAAAGAACUCACACUGGGGAGAAACCCUAUACAUGCCUGGAGUGUGGACAGAACUUCACUCAUAGUUCAGGCCUACGUAGACAUCAAAGGACUCACACUGGGGAGAAACCCUAUAACUGCCUAGAGUGUGGACAGAGCUUCGCUCAGAAGGGAAGCUUACAUACACAUCAAAGGACUCACACUGGGGAGAAACCCUAUAAAUGCCUGGAGUGUGGACAGAGCUUCACUCAUAGUUCAGGCCUACGUAGACAUCAAAGGACUCACACUGGGGAGAAACCCUAUACAUGCCUGGAGUGUGGACAGAGCUUUACUCAUAGUUCAGGCCUACGUAGACAUCAAAGAACUCACACUGGGGAGAAACCCUAUACAUGCCUGGAGUGUGGACAGAGCUUCACUCAGAAUUCAGACCUACGUUCACAUCAAAGGACUCACACUGGGGAGAAACCCUAUACAUGCCUGGAGUGUGGACAGAGCUUUACUCAUAGUUCAGGCCUACGUAGACAUCAAAGGACUCACACUGGGGAGAAACCCUAUAAAUGCCUGGAGUGUGGACAGAGCUUUGCUCAGAGGGGAAAUCUACGUUCACAUCAAAGAACUCACACUGGGGAGAAACUCUAUAACUGCCUGGAGUGUGGACACAGCUUCGUUCAGAAGUCAGGCCUACGUUCGCAUCAAAGGACUCACACUGGGGAGAAAACUUAUAUGUGCCUGGAGUGUGGACAGAGCUUUGUUCAUAGUUCAGGCCUACGUAAACAUCAAAGGACUCACACUGGGGAGAAACCCUAUACAUGCCGGGAGUGUGGAAAGAGCUUUACUCGUAGUUCAGGUCUACGUUUACAUAAAAGAACUCACACUGGGGGGGAACCAUAGAAAUGCAUGGAGUAUGGACAGAGCUUUUCACAGAAUAACAUUAUGCAUAGACAUCAUAGAAUUCAGCCUGGAGAGAAUGGUGUUAAUUGACACCAGAGUGUCAUUCUAACAAGUAGAAAUGCAAUGCAACUCUUGCAAAUUUUGGAAAUGCAAGCUCAAAGUUGGGACAUUUCAUCACAUGUGGUGUAUUGUUGUCAAGGACAGAACGCCACAAGAUCAAAGAUAACAGAGUUUAUUGAAUUACAGAACUCAAAAAUGCCCGUAAAAUACAAGGGCCAGGCAGUAUUAGCCUUUAAAAGCAAAAAGGGGCAAGGAAAAACGUUCAAAAGAUAAACCGGAUUAAACCGGAGUUUAAUCCGGGUAAAAACAAACUGCUUGCUUCAGCCUGGGGAUAAACAAAACAAAAGCCGAGGAACAAACUAUACAAAAGAAUGCAACUAAUUGGCAGCAGAUUCCUCUCUGCUGCCAGCACUGUGCUUUGAGUAACUUGCGUCACUCCUACACACAGCAGGCAGGAUUUCCAACACGAACAGAUCAGCCGAGGAUUGUAGCAGUAGAGUAGACCCAGUUCCUUUCCGUAGAUCAAAGCCAGAAGCAGACGUUUGUAGUUUCCAAGUCCGAGUAGGGGGAAGUCAAGCCGUGGUCAGUUCAGUCCGAAAUUCAAAGCAGGAGAUGGCGUCCGUCAAGAAGACGACGGAAGGUCAAAGCUAAUGAGAGUAAGCACAGGUUUGCACAAACAAAAGCCCACACAAUUCCUCCCGCCGUCUGACCCUGAAUUCCAAAACAACUUACGUAUCAGCACACGAAAACACACCAGUCUUCAGGAAAGCGUCCCACACAGAUCCCAAGCGUUCGUCCAGAUUACCUUGCCCAACGCAAUUUGCAAUUGCUCCCAAGCCCCAUUUUAUGCCAGUUACAAAUCCUCAUCACUAUCAGCUGCCCUCCUUAACCCGGGCGUUUCCUCAUCACUUUCCUCAUCAGAGCUGGAACACCUCUGACUACGCCCCACAGCAUCUCCAGCUGUGGAUCCCGUCCCAUCCCUCCAGCUUGUCCAUGGGUCUAAUCCUGAAGGUCCCCAUUCAUCUUCCAUCCCAUCAUUGCCAGUGGCACCCAAUUCCUCCCUCACCCGAGUCCAAUCCAUCUCAUCCUCCUCCGAGCUAACCAGCCCCUCCUCCAUUCUCUCCGUAAACCCCUCAAAAGACUCUUCGUCAGAUGGUGCUGCAAAAAUAUCUCGCAGUCUCUUUCUUUCUCGCUCCUCGAGAGUAUCUGACUCUCGAGGAGUCUUACGCCCACGUCUGCCAGUAACAGAGCCAUGAGGCUCAAUCAUAACACUAUCCCCUCUCACAAAGGCCUCCUCCCCCGAAGGCGGAGAGGUGGCAGUGAUACCCUCCGCUAUAGCACCACGACGACUGGAGGUAUCUAAUUUCAACAGCGAACGAUGGAAAACUGGAUGGACCUUUAAACUAGACGGUAAACGCAAACGAAACGCAACGGAAGAAAUCUUUUUAACGAUAGGAAAGGGACCCAAAUACCGAGGCGCAAACUUUCCCCCAGCCUGUUUAAUAUGUUUGGAAGACAACCACACCAAAUCCCCUUCUUCCAACUCCUCCCCUGCCUGCCUGUGGCGGUCAGCCUGAGUCUUUUGCGUUGCCUUAGCUUCCAACAGUAAGCGACGGGCAACAUCAUGCAAUGCAGCCAUUUCCGAAGAGCGGUACACAGGGUCAGAAGAGACCACAUUGGUCGACGGCGCCACACCUCCCCGUGGGUGAAAACCAUAAGUUAGCUCAAAUGGCGUAUGCUGACUAGACGUGUGCACCGCAUUGUUGUAAGCGAACUCCGCCACCGGUAACCACUUCACCCAAGCAGUGGGUUGAUCUAAACAAAAACAACGUAAAUAUUGCUCUAAGAGCCCAUUAACCCGUUCCGACUGUCCAUCCGUUUGCGGAUGAAAGGCUGAAGAAACGUUUAACUUAGUACCUAAGCACUCAUGGAAGUGUUUCCAAAAGCGUGACACAAAUUGCGGAGCCCUAUCCGAAAUAAUCACCUCGGGUGCUCUGUGCAAACGAUAGAUGUGCUUAGUAAACAGUAAGGCCAACGUAGGGGCCGCCGGAAUGGUUGAACAAGGAAUAAAAUGAGCCAGUUUGCUAAAUAAAUCCACCACCACCCAAAUACAAGUAUAACCCCCAGACUUAGGCAAAUCCGAAAUGAAAUCCAUGGAAAUGAUUUGCCAUGGCCUCUCGGGAACAGGUAGAGACGACAACAACCCUCUAGGGCGCCCAACAGGCGUCUUACUCUGCUGGCAAACAGCGCAGCUGUCACAAAAGCGCAGAAUGUCUUGCCGCAUCUUUGGCCACCAGUAGCUCCUGGUGAUAAGCUGCACGGUCUUGAACCUGCCAAAGUGCCCAGCCAUGGGUUCGUCAUGGUGGGCUCUAAUCACCUCCAACCUGAGGGCCCCCACUGGUACAUAGACCUGCCCCCUGCGUACCAAUACUCCGUCUUGAUCUUGUAGGUGAGGCAGUAUUGUACGGUUACCUGCUGAUAACAGCAUAAGUUGCUUCUGAGUCCACACAUCAUCCCUCUGAGCCUCAAGGAUCUGGUCAUGUAACCCGAGCUCAUUAUCUACAACACAUAGAGAGGCAGUAGGCAAGAUGGUCUGACAUACUACCUGCCCAUUGGUCUUAAACUCCGGCUUGCGGGAUAAAGCAUCGGCCCGCAAGUUUGCCUUCCCCUCCACGAACUGCACUUUGAAGUUAAACCUGGAGAAAAACAAAGCCCAUCGGAUUUGACGCUGGUUUAACUUCUUUGCUGUUUGCAAGUGCUCUAAAUUCUUGUGAUCAGAUCUGACCACGAUUUGGUGCCGCGCCCCUUCUAGCCAGUGCCGCCACACCUCAAACGCCACCUUAAUCGCCAACAACUCCUUCUCCCAUAUGGUAUAGUUCUGCUCGAAUGGUGUUAGUUGCCGCGAGUAAAAUCCACAGGGACGCAAGGUCCCUGAGGAAUCUUUCUGAGACAAUACAGCCCCCAACGCGUAGCUAGAAGCGUCCGCUUCUACCACGAACGGUUUGUCAACAUCAGGAUGUGUUAGUAUGUUGUCUGAUUGAAAACUAGACUUUAGUUGUAAAAACGCGUCGUGAGCUUCCCGCCCCCACACAAAUGGCUGUUUCUUACGCAGGAGUUGCGUCAAAGGCACCGUGAGCUUUGCAAAAUUCGGAAUAAACUCCCGGUAGUAAUUAGCGAAUCCUAAGAACCUUUGCACAUCCUUCUUAGUCUUAAGCUCCUGCCAUGAGUUGACGGCGUCAACCUUAUGUGGGUCCAUUUUAAGUUCCCUACCUGACACUACAUGACCUAGGAACUCCACUUCAGGCACAUGAAAGACGCACUUGGAAGCCUUGGCGAAGAGCCCAUUAGCCCGCAGACGGUGCAGAACCUGCUUGACAUGUUGACGAUGUUCUUUCUCGUCCUUAGAAAAAAUCAAGAUAUCAUCCAAAUAAAUCACUAAAAAUUGGUCAAUUAGGUCCCUGAACACAUCGUUCAUGAACCUCUGGAAGACCGCAGGCGCAUUGCAAAGUCCGAAAGGCAUGACUCGGAACUCGUGGCAUCCGAAACACGUGUUAAAUGCCGUCUUCCAUUCAUCACCUUCCCGUAUUCGGAUUAAGUUAUAUGCCCCCCGCAGGUCAAGCUUGGUAAAGACCUUGGCCCCUUGCACCCUUGAUAACAGUUCCGAGAUUAAAGGUAGCGGGUACCUAUCCCGAAUGGUGUAUUUGUUUAGGAUCCGAUAGUCGCAGACCAACCUAAGUUCCCCAGUCUUUUUGGCUACAAAGAAUACUGGUGCCGCAGUUGGAGAGCUAGAUGGGCAAAUAAACCCCUUGGCUAAAUUUUCAUCUAGAAACUCUCGCAAAGCUUGCCUUUCCGGUACAGUCAAGGCAUACAGCCUUCCUGCUGGCAAUUUCGCACCUUCCGCUAACUUAAUGGCGCAAUCAUACGGCCUGUGCGGCGGUAACUUGUCCGCUUCUUUUUUACAAAAUACAUCAGAGAACUCCCCAUACUCAGCAGGCACUCCCUCCAUAUCAGAUUGAGUAACGUUCAGAGUGCAACAAUCCUGCCUCUUUAAGGUCAAUAUACGUGUCACCCAAUCUACUUGUGGAUUUACUACAGCUAGCCAAUCCAUCCCCAGGAUCACAUCGUAUCUAGGCAAGCUCGUAAUAUCCCACACAAACGUUCCCGUUACUCCCUGCACUUCCCACAUUACUGCUGAGGUUUCAUGGUUAACCACCCCAGUCUCCAGCAGUCUCCCAUCCGCUCCUUCCACCCACACGUCGCAUGCCUUGCGCACUCUAGGAAUGCCAUGCUUCCUAGCAAACUCAAUAUCUACAUAAGAGACCGUAGCCCCUGAGUCCAGCAGUGCCAAAGUAGAAACAAGUUCCCUUCCCCCAACAGAUAAUGUAAUGGGUACGAAAACAUGCUUCCUCCCCUCAGUUGACUGCUUUAGAAGCCCUAAUGCGUUGGACUCACGUCACACUAGGGCUGGCCUUUUCCCGAAAGCUGAGAAGGUUUCACAUUACAGUUUUUGGCAAAAUGCCCAGCAUUUCCACAGUACAAACACAACCCCAGCUGCCUCCUACGGCUCUUUUCCUCUGUAGACAGCUUUUUAAAGACCCCAAGCUCCAUAGGCUCUUCCCCCAUCACCACAGGUGCCCUGGUUACAUGCAUGGGUGGCGCACACAUUGCUUUCGAGUGUUUACGGGCCUCGAACCUGGCGUCCAAACGCAGCACCUUAGCUACUAAGGCAUCCCAAUUUUCAGCCGGCUCCAAGCGUGCUAAUUCAUCCUGGAGAUAAUCACUUAACCCAGCAGUAAACAAAAGCAUGAAUGCAUUUUCCCCCCAGUCCAGCUGGUGUCGAUACAAGUUAAACUUAUUUAAGUAAUCCAAAACAGUCCCCUUUCCCUGUUUCAACCGAUACAGAGCCCACCCAGCAUUCUCCGUGCGGAGAGGAUCCCCAAAAGUGUCAAUUAGUAACUUUUUGAAAUUAUUCAAAUUGUCCUUGACUGGGUCAUUUCCCAAAAUUAAAUUAGUGGCCCAUUGUCCUGCGGGACCGGUCAACAAACUCAAAAUAAAUGCCACCUUGCUAGUGUCUGUAGGGAAAGCAUGAGCACUGAGCUGGGAAAAAUAAAGCUCCACUUGUGCCAAAAAGGUUGGCAACUUGCACCUGGUUCCGUCAAAGCGUUCAGGAGUCAAAACAUGUCCUUUAACAGCAUAAGCUGUUUGACUGACGGUAAAAGCCGUUUGUAAUUGCUCGAACUUAGCCCUUAACUCAUCCAUCGUCUUCCUGACGGGUUUUAUUACUGCAAUAACUUUUUUAUGGGCGUUGGGCAAUCUGUCAAGGACAGAACGCCACAAGAUCAAAGAUAACAGAGUUUAUUGAAUUACAGAACUCAAAAAUGCCCGUAAAAUACAAGGGCCAGGCAGUAUUAGCCUUUAAAAGCAAAAAGGGGCAAGGAAAAACGUUCAAAAGAUAAACCGGAUUAAACUGGAGUUUAAUCCGGGUAAAAACAAACUGCUUGCUUCAGCCUGGGGAUAAACAAAACAAAAGCCGAGGAACAAACUAUACAAAAGAAUGCAACUAAUUGGCAGCAGAUUCCUCUCUGCUGCCAGCACUGUGCUUUGAGUAACUUGCGUCACUCCUACACACAGCAGGCAGGAUUUCCAACACGAACAGAUCAGCCGAGGAUUGUAGCAGUAGAGUAGACCCAGUUCCUUUCCGUAGAUCAAAGCCAGAAGCAGACGUUUGUAGUUUCCAAGUCCGAGUAGGGGGAAGUCAAGCCGUGGUCAGUUCAGUCCGAAAUUCAAAGCAGGAGAUGGCGUCCGUCAAGAAGACGACGGAAGGUCAAAGCUAAUGAGAGUAAGCACAGGUUUGCACAAACAAAAGCCCACACAAUUCCUCCCGCCGUCUGACCCUGAAUUCCAAAACAACUUACGUAUCAGCACACGAAAACACACCAGUCUUCAGGAAAGCGUCCCACACAGAUCCCAAGCGUUCGUCCAGAUUACCUUGCCCAACGCAAUUUGCAAUUGCUCCCAAGCCCCAUUUUAUGCCAGUUACAAAUCCUCAUCACUAUCAGCUGCCCUCCUUAACCCGGGCGUUUCCUCAUCACUUUCCUCAUCAGAGCUGGAACACCUCUGACUACGCCCCACAGCAUCUCCAGCUGUGGAUCCCGUCCCAUCCCUCCAGCUUGUCCAUGGGUCUAAUCCUGAAGGUCCCCAUUCAUCUUCCAUCCCAUCAUUGCCAGUGGCACCCAAUUCCUCCCUCACCCGAGUCCAAUCCAUCUCAUCCUCCUCCGAGCUAACCAGCCCCUCCUCCAUUCUCUCCGUAAACCCCUCAAAAGACUCUUCGUCAGAUGGUGCUGCAAAAAUAUCUCGCAGUCUCUUUCUUUCUCGCUCCUCGAGAGUAUCUGACUCUCGAGGAGUCUUACGCCCACGUCUGCCAGUAACAGAGCCAUGAGGCUCAAUCAUAACAAUUGUAGAAAGAUUGAACUAAAAAUACAGUGUUCCCUCACUUAUCCCGGGGGUUAGGUUCCAGGACCACCCGCAAUAAGUGAAAAUCCGCGAAGUAGGGAUGCUAUAUAUUUCUACAUUAUUUUAGUAGUUAUACACUAUUUUAGGUCUUUAUCAAGAAAUCAUGUGUUGAUAAAUCGCCUCCUUCUCCUCUUGUUGCCGCUUGGGCUCCUUUUCUCUCCCUUUGGCUUCUCCUUCCUCCCUUCCUUAGGCUGUACAUUGUAAUUUUUUAUUAUUUAUAGUCGUCUUUUAGAGUUUAUUGAAAAACCGCAAAACAGUGAAUCCGAAAAGAGCGAAGUAGUGAGGGAACUCUGUACGUUCCAUUCUGGAAGUAAUUAUAUUAUCUAAAGGGAGUAGAAUAAUGAGAGAUAAAAAUUAACAGAUAGAACGAGGCCUUUAGGCAUUUAUCCCUGUCGUUUGUUAGUUCAGUUGUGUCUCUAUGAAGGUAACUGUUUCGCAGGUCUGUUUGUUUCUGAUUUAGUUUUGUAUCUCAUGUAGUAGUUAGUUUCAUGUGUAGUUGAAGCAUUAUAUACAAUUUCUGCCUUUUUUGUAAUGUUGCUUUUAAUCUCUCUUUUUUAAUUUAUUUUUUGCCACAAAGAGGGGGAUUUAUAAGGGACAAAACUGCUGAAACUGUCAACUUGUUUUGUUCUCAACCCAAAGGUUUCCUGUUCUUUGGAUGCCGAGCGUUCAGGGAAGAGUGAGGUCUGUGAGAUCAGUGAGUAGAAAACAUGACACAAUUUAGAUAAUGGUUUGUGACACAACAACAACCCUUGUAGUAGUCAAUGGGAUAUUCUGUAUGCCUUCUUUAAUGUCAAGUAAGAUAUUGUGCUCAGAUAUAAAGAUUUAUAAAGGAAACACCACAAUGGAUAUAAAACAAUGGGAAGCGCGGGCAGCAGAUUAUAUGUGCUCACCACACCUCACACAGAUAGGACCACGUGUGCUAUAAACAUGGAAGAUGUGAUACAUUCACACAAGAUACAGGAAUGGGAUGUGUUUGUGUUACUCCUGCUCAGCUAAUGUUAUGGUCUGAUGGAAAUAUAAUAGAACCCGAUAAACAAACAUUCGGUUGAAAUGUAAAUGUAACAUAACUUUUGUUCAAGAUGAUGAAACUGGGAAUUUGGUGUACGUGGUGGAGAAUGGAGACAGUGAAAUAGACUUGAAGUUUAAAAAGUUAUCCAUAAAUAUAAGAUAAGGAAUUAAUUGGGAAAAAUUAAAUAUACUAGUAAAAACGAAUCAGCAGGUGAAGAAACAUUUGGAGAGUUAUGAGGAAAGAAGUAAGAAAGGUUUUGUUAGGAUCCAAGAGGUUGAUAGAGAACGUCAGAGCGUGGCCGCAUAAGGAAGCAGCCCGACAGAACGUCACUGGUGUGAUGAAAUCAACGGAUAUUCACCCAAAGUGGCAGCAGCAUGUUUACAUCUAUUGAUGCACCCAAUAGUAAGGUGAGGGCUACAAGGAGGGACUGAUCGAUUUUCUGUAUUUGAAAACAAAAUGCAAUACUUAGAAACGUAAUUGUGAACUGUGAUGUAUGUUGACUCUAUUGAGAGGGUUGAUGGGCCAAAGGGCCUGCAUUUCUAUUCUAUUUCUAUUCUAUUUCUGAUUGCUUUUAAUUAUGCAUUAUUAAGGUGUCUGCUUCAACUUAUUAUAUUAAAGAUGCAACCUGCCUUCUUCCAGAGGAGAGGCAAGUGUCCGUAUGUCGCCACUAUGUUUCCGGAACAUCUUGUGGUCGGCCGAUGUGGUUAAUGUGGUUAAGCUACUUACUGGAACAUAAGUGAACAACAUGUUUUUCUACAAAUGUUGUUCAUGAUAAAGGAAGCACACUUGCAACACUCUGUACUGCUCCAAAGAAAUGAGGAACUUCUUAGUUGUAAACAAGGGCAUUAUAUAUUGAGCUUCAUUUCAAAUGUUCUUCACGGCGGUCACCUUUGAUUUCUCCGUCCGUCUAUACUGCAGUAUAAUAAAGGUACUUGUUUUAAACUC